UCUCCUCCCUCUGCUGCAGCGGCCAUGCUGCUGUCCGCCGCCUGUCUCGGUGCAUCCCGGUCCACCGCCGGUGUAGCCUGCCGCCGCUGCAUCCCUGAAUCCCAGGUUAGAGGACCGGCUUGGACCGGGUCGGCUCGGUCGUAGCGGUUCAGUCCGCCUGGAUCCACCGGAGCAGACCCGAACACGGCGCCGGUUGGCCCGGGGGGAAGAGGAGAAAGCCUCCAUAGCAACAAACCGGUUUCACGGCAUUAUUGUGAUGGAGGGAUGUUGGAGGAUGCUGGGAGUGUGACUGAGACAGAAACCCCCAAACCGACCGGAUUACCAGGAUUACCAGGACCGCAAAGCAUCGUGCCAGGUGUAAAGCGAGACUGCUGGGGCUCAGCGGGCUUGAACCAGGUCUGCACUACAAUGUGCUGGGUUUAGAGCCAGAUCACGGGGUUACUACUGGGUCGUUGACACUGCAGGAAGGUCACUGCGAGGACAAAUCAGCAAAGUAGAGAGUAGACGUCUGAAUUUCGGCCCCACUAACAUGAGCGGUGUCAAAGCGGCCUUUAGUUAGAAACCCCACCUGGUCUGUCCGGAUUAAAGCAUCAAUGAAAUAGCUGAAUUUUAGGAUUCUUUUGGUGGAGAAAGGACUGUUUGUAGUAUUAACACAGUAGGAUACCACUGGAUUUAAAACAGGGUUACCUGAUCUGCAGACGGAUACGGGGACUACACCUGCUGCCUUUUUACUGGUGUUCCACCUGGAUUACAGAAACCCUGCAGCCAGGACCAGACACCUAAAAAAUACCAUCUUUUGGGGGUCAGCUGGGCUACAAAGCAUGUUAGAAGUCUGCAUGUUGAACAUCACAGGGAUUACAGCUGGUCUUUGAGAAUCUGAAACCGCGACAGCCAGAUUACUGUGUCUACUGGUUCUACAUGGCUCUGAAUGGGAUUAUAAAACUACUGUGGUAAAAGAACAGUUAUUAGCUACUGGGUCUACAAGUGAGUCACGAAGCUUAGCACACAUCUGAUCGGGACUACAGAGCAACUGGACUCAAGGUAUCCGAGCUAAAAACCAGGUAACCAGGACAAGAGUCGCUGUUAUUGUACUCAGAAGAUGAAUCUUUCGUAGCAGGGUCUCUGUUGAACGCCACCGGACCAGUAUUCACCAUGUCUUUGAGUAAGACCCUCGAGCUGGAGCACUUCGAUGAACGCGAGAAGGUUCGCCGGGGACGCUCCACGCGCACUAAGAGAGAUGAUUCCACCGCCAGUGCUGGCGGCGGGGGGUCUGGCCCCAGCUCCCGGGGCAGCAGCCUGGUCCCAAGCCCUGCCCACAGCGCCAACUGCAGCUACUACCGGACCCGAACCCUGCAGGCGCUCACCUCAGAGAAGCGGGCCAAAAAGGUCCGGUUCUACCGCAAUGGAGACCGGUACUUCAAAGGUCUGGUGUACGCUGUUUCCAGCGACCGGUUCCGCUCCUAUGACGCUCUGCUGAUGGAGCUGACGCGCUCGUUGGCGGAUAACCUGCAUCUGCCGCAAGGGGUGCGCACGAUCUACACCAUAGACGGCAGCAAGAAGAUCACCAGUAUGGACGAGCUGGUGGAAGGCGAGUGCUACGUCUGUGCCUCCAAUGAGCCUUACCGAAAGGUGGACUACACCAAGAUCUCCAUCCCGAGCUGGAAGCCGGGUGCUGGCGCCGGGGCGGGACCUGCCAGCUCAAGUCGGCCCUCCACGGCAUCGACAGGGGUGUCAGCCAGCACCAGCUCCUCCAAAGAUCGUCCCGAAGGUCGUGAGAGCAAGGAGAGCAAAGACUUUAUCAAGCCCAAGCUGGUGACGGUGAUCCGCAGCGGCGUGAAGCCUCGCAAGGCGGUGAGGAUCCUGCUGAACAAGAAGACGGCUCACUCCUUUGAACAAGUGCUGGCCGACAUCACGGAGGCCAUCAAGCUGGACUCCGGGGCCGUGAAGAGGCUGUACACGCUGGAUGGGAAACAGCUGACCUGUCUGCAGGAUUUCUUCGGAGACGACGAUGUGUUCAUGGCGUGCGGGCCGGAGAAGUUUCGAUACGCUCAGGACGACUUUGUGCUCACACACAGCAGCAAAACAUCUGCUUUUGUUAACGAGUGCAGAGCCAAGGCAUCUCGCUCCACCGCCACUGUAAAAACUACAACUCCCAAGAGCCCCAGCAGCUCUGGCUUCUCCUCCUCCAGGACUCCACCUAAAGGCCUGCCCAGAACGAAGUCUCCAGGUCCAGCCAAUGAGGCCUCAGGAUCGCAUUCAGCGGGGAAGUCCUCUAGAUCCAGCCCCUCCCCCACAAGCCCUGGGACACGACGCAACCUCAAGAUGUCUCCUCGUCGUGCUUCCUCCACAGAUGUAAACGGAGAGGCCGAGCAGACAGAUGACACCGCUGUCGAAGUGAAUGGGAAUCGCUCCGUUUCGUCCUCCAUCAUCAACGAGAAGUACCAGGUCGGUAAAGUGAUCGGAGACGGAAACUUUGCUGUGGUCAAAGAGUGCGUGGAGAGGUCGACGGGACAGGAGUUUGCUCUGAAGAUCAUCGAUAAAGCUCGCUGCUGUGGGAAGGAGCACCUGAUAGAAAAUGAAGUGGCAGUGCUGCGGAGGGUUCGACAUCCCAGCAUCAUCCAGUUAAUCGAGGUGGAUGAAACGCCCAGUCAGCUGUUCCUGGUCAUGGAGCUCGUCAAGGGCGGCGACCUGUUCGACGCCAUCACCUCCUCCACCAAGUACAGCGAGCGUGAUGCCAGCGCCAUGGUGUUCAACCUGGCCGGAGCCAUCAAGUACCUGCACCGGAUGAACAUCGUCCACCGAGACAUCAAACCAGAGAACCUGCUGGUGUGUGAGUACCCAGACGGCACUAAGUCACUGAAGCUGGGUGACUUUGGUUUGGCGACGGUGGUGGAGGGACCGCUGUACACCGUCUGUGGCACGCCGACAUAUGUCGCCCCGGAGAUCAUCGCAGAGACCGGUUAUGGUCUGAAGGUGGAUAUCUGGGCGGCAGGAGUGAUCACCUACAUCCUGCUGUGUGGAUUCCCUCCAUUCAGAAGUGAGAAUAACGUCCAGGAGGAGCUGUUUGAUCAGAUCCUCAGAGGGAAGCUGGAGUUUCCGUCUCCAGAUUGGGACACCAUCAGCCUCCCAGCCAAGAUGCUGAUCAGUCAGAUGCUGCAGGUGAACGUUGACACUCGUUUCACUGCCGAGGAGGUCCUGUCCCACCCCUGGGUGACGGAUGAGGCUCCCGUAGACUCCAACACUGUGAGCAGCACUGAAGAACCGACCAGUGGCGACGCACUGGAACCAGAGCAGGAAUCCCCAAUACUGGAAACCAAACAAGUUCCCUCACCUCUGGUUUAAAACACACCCCCUUUGAUCGACCGGAAACCCAAAAAGUUUCCCCACCUCUGGUCUAGACCCGUCCAGGAAACCAAACAGGUUCCCUCAAAUAUGGACCAGAACACGUCCCCUUUCAUCUACUGGAAACCAAACAAGUAUCCCUAUCUCUGCUCUAGAACUCCUGGUUCGUGCACUGAAAACAAAGUUCCUUCACAUCUGCUCUAGAAUAUGCCCCUUUUCAUCUAAUGGUAACCAAAGGAGUUCCCACACCUUUGGUCUAGAACUAGUCUUGUUUCAUCCAGUGGAAACCAAACAAGUUCCUACAUCUCUGGUUUUGAACAAGUACCCUUUUAAAAACUGGAAACCCAAAUCAAAACUAGUCUAGAACUCUUCCUUUUUUCCCCCUCCAAUAAAAUCUUGAUUUUUGUCACCUGCAGUCCAGAGCACAUCCUGUUUGAUCUUGUGGAGCCCAAAUGAGUUUUAUCUUCUGGAAGCAAAACAAGUCGACCACCAUCCAAUUUAGGAGAAGACUUUUUACAGCUACCGGAAACAAAAUAUGUUCUCUGGCAUCUGACCUAGAACACCUUCCUGUUUCUUCUACUGGAAACCAAACAAGUUCCCUCAUUCUUGGUCUACAAUAAAUCUCCAUUUACCCACUGAAAACUGACCAAGUUCCCUCAAAUCUGGUCUAGAAUCCUACCUGUUCAAUCUACUUGCCUCAGUGCUGGUCCAGAAGUGUCCCAUUGCCUUUAUGGGAAACCAGUUCUCUCACUUUUGGUCCUGAAAACAUCUUGUUUCAUCUACUGGAUACUUAGCAUGUUCUCGUACCUCUAGAAACCAAAUAAGUUCAGACAAAUCUGAUCUAGAACUCAUCCCAUUUCAUCCACUGAAAAUCAAAUAAGCUCUCAAAAAUUGGGUCCAGGACUUGCCCUGUUUCAUCCACUGGAAACCAAAUAAGUUCCCACAAAUCUGGUCGAGAACUCAUCCUGUUCUUUCACCUGAAACUAAAUAACUCCUCAGUCGAUAAUACAUCCCCUUUUAUCAAUUGGAAACCAAAUGAGUUUUCUUAAAUCCGCCCUAGAAUCAGUCGUGCUUCAACUACUGGAAACCAUCAGGUUCCCUCUUGUCUCGAACAUGUAUUUUAUCUUCCAGAAACCAAAUCUCUACCCCCGUCUCUGGUGUAGAAUGUAUCCUAUUUAAUUCAAUGGAAAGUUCCCUCAAACCAAGUCUAGAUAAUGUCCCUUUUAAAACGUAGACAAAAAGAGGUUCCCAUACCCCUGGUUUAGAACAUGUUUAUUUUCAUGUACUGGAAACCCUAAAAGACCAAACAAUCAAUCAAGUUCCUUAAAAUCUGGUUUAGAACACGUCCCCUUUUAUCAACUGUAAACCGAGUAAGUCCCCACAAAUCUGGUCGAGGACUCAUCCGUUUUCAUUCACUGGAAACCAAACAAGUUCCCACCAACCUGGUCUAGAACUAGUCCCGUUCUUUCCAAAUUACGUCCUUUGUCUAGAAUCACCCUCAGAUCUGCCCUAGAAUCAGUCCUGUUUCAGGUACUGGAAACCAAACAAGUUCCCCUCAUCAAGAUCUCAUUCUGUUUUUAUUUCUUUCUUGAUUUACUGGAAACCAAACUUACUACUUCUUACUUCAACUUGACACCAGAUGAGUUUCUCGCUCCUUGGUCUUUAGAGACGUUUCAUUUUAUCAUCUGGAAACUGAUCAGGAUUUCUCACCUCUAGUCUGGAACAGAUGCUGUUUGCUCCACUAGAAAAAAAAUCAAGUUCCCCAUUUAUUUCCAACUUAUCUCAUGGAAACUGUCCUCACCUCUGGUCUGGACCAGCAUUUAAUCGACUGAAGACUUUCGAGAGUCCCGUCGCUGCUGCUGUACUGAAAAGUAUUUACAUUGUCUUUGAUAAGCUCCAACAUGAGAUGGGGUCCCAUUUUGUUUUGGCUGGACACUGAUGAAGUCGCCUCACUGCUACUUGAAGGACACACUCCAUAUCAACAUUGGGACACCAUGAAGGUGCUAUUGGACACAUCUUGUCUCAUGGGACUGGACCCAUUUCCUUAAAAUGGCCCUCACCUCUGGUCUGAAUGACUGAACUCAGAGGGUCUGAAAAAGGCCACAAACCACUUUCAUAGGGGAAAUAUACAAAAGACUCAACAACAAAUGUUCCCUCUGAUAAAGGGAUUAUGUUCUCUGUAGUCCCUGCCGUUUGGCAACCAGGAUGUCUUCCAUUUAUUCUGGGAAACGUCCCAUUUCUCCUGCCUUUACCCUCCAGCUCUCCUUCCGCUGACCUGAAGGACGUUUCUCAUCUCUUAUACAUGGCACCCACCGACCCAAGGAGAUAUCUGAGUACUGUGCCUGUUUACGCUGCUGAUGAAUUCCUCUUAAUAUCCUAAAUCUCAGCCAUUUCCUUCCAUAGGUUCCACUCUUCAAACCCCAGCACUUAUCAUUAGGUGUACAGACAGAUGAGGCUCAUUGUUUUUGGUUUUUACAGAUUUUCCCUAAAAUAUACUUUGGUUUUUGAAAAAGACGCAGGUUGGUUUAAAAGAUGAAACAUUUUAAAAAAAUAUGUGUUCUUGCCAAAAGUUGGAUGGGAAAAUUGACAUCAUUCCCAUGUUUGUACAUAAAGCAUCAAGUUGGAGCGGGGAGGUGAUUAGCCUAGCUUAGCCUAAAGACUAAAGGAGACUGUGUCCAAGGUUUAGAAAUCACUUUACCACGGACUCUAAAGCUCACUAAUUAACACAUAGUUACUGCAUUUAAUCAGUACACAAAAAGAAAUGUGAAAAUGGCUAAAUGUGGUUUUGUUCACCAAGAAAUCGGUCCAAUAUGUAACUCUUCAUAAAACCACAAAUGUUGUUUUCUGCUUGUAUUUUUGUUAUAUUGAUUUUUCAAAAAAAUAGAUUUUAAAGCCUUUAACUCUUGAAAUUAAACAUUACCGGAUUUGUUGUGGGAAAAAAGGAAGAACACCAAAAAUAAUGAGCCUCGUCUCCACAGUGUACUCCACCGAGGGACACUUUCCAACACUCCUGUCUUUCACCUGUUCCACAGCCUUCGUACUGUAACUCAAAUUAACUGAGUGUCUUCUAAACCUCACAGUUUUGGGGGAAAAAAAAAAUUCACCAACCUUUCAAAGGUUUCUACCUGCAGUAUGACUGAGGUCAAGGGGCACGUCCCAGUCCAUACCCCGAGCUCCCUGCCUCUCCUCCCGCCUGCAAGUUAGCGGAGGAUAAAAUAUGUUGUAAAUACUGUAAAUAUCACUCUGUCUGUUGGUGUCUGUCUGUGUGAGUCAGUUGUGAAGUAGGGAAACAGUAGCAGUUUUGAAAAAAUAAAUACUACAAUGAAAAGAAACAAUCAUCAUAGACAUGACGUGUCAGUACCCCGAAAAAAAAACCUUGUUUUCCCUAAGCAGCCAAUGUUUGUUGAAUUCAAAACAUAUAUAUUUUCCACAUUGAUACAGGAACAUUUUGACAGUUAAACAUUUACAGUGGUGCAAAUCUAAAGUAUUGGUACUUUACUUGAGUAGUACUAUUCAUGACACUUACACUCUUCUGUAGGCUGGGGCGGUGUCUACUUUUUAUACCUUCCUAAAUUUUACCGAGGUAUAUGGUUAAUGACAGUAUUUGUGUGCAGUGCUGCUGCUUUCUAAAUAUCCUGGUAUACUGCCCUCCCAAGCCUUCUCCGCCCCAAGACCAAUAUUGUGCUUUUUACUUUAUCUGUCAGUUUUACUUAUUUUAUAAAUUAAUUUUUUACAUGCAAAACACAAAGAAGUUUUAAAAUAUGAUCAAAUUAUCAAACAGCAUAUAAAAAAUUUGCUUAAAUAAUUAGUCGAGUAAUCAAUGGCUUAAUUUGUCAUUUAGCAAUCAUUAAUCAGUGAAUCAUUUUUCAUGCAAAAUUACCAAGCAUUUCCUGGUUACUACUUCUCAAAACGUGAAAAUAAGUUGAAGGGGUCACUUCAAGCUCUGGAUAAUCAUGAUUAUAAAGUAGAAUAAAUUGAUUGAUUAAGAAAAUAAUCAGGAGAUGAAACCAAACUGAUUUCAUCAUUAUUUGCAGGCCAAUACAAAAUCAGCUCCACCGCAACAACUACAACAGUAAAAUACUGCUUAAAGAUUAAUAUGCGAGUAAUAAUAUAAAACAGUAUUCAUCAGGGCUGCCCCCGACUAAGAAUUUUUCUAGUCGACAAAUAGACGUCAUUUAGGGCCAUUAGCUGAUGAGUCGCCCGCAUGUUUACGAUAUUACUUUAAUUAUUAAAUUAUAUAUUUUGGGCAGAGCAUCACAAUGGUUUGUGGAAUAACCGCAGGUACCAGCCCUGGAAAUUAACCUGACUCCUGUCUGACUGCUGAGCGUGGCCACUUCCUGUGUCUGUCCUUUCAGAUUAAAUUCCCACAUAGUCCAGUCAUAUAGGUUUGGAUUUAUUUUAACAAGGUCCAAGCUCCUAAGAGAGUUUCACAUUUUUCUGCAACUAAUUGACCAAUGAAAUCUUGCAGACUAAUGACCUUUCUGGUCGACACGUUUGGUCAGCUGUUAGGGGGCAGCCCUAGUAUCUAUAUAGCAUACAAUUAGCUAUACUGUUGGUGCGUUCACAAAUAGUCAGAAAUUGGCCUGUUCAGGAGCACAGUUGGAAUGCACCAUUCGGUUAUUCAGAGCACCACACUCUCAGAGCAGCAGAGCGUACUCUGGGCAGAGUGCCGAGUUCAUUCGUUAAUUAAUAUGAAAACAGAACGCUUUUACUUUUGAUACUUUAAGUGCAUUUUCCUGAUAAUACUCAAGUACAUUUACAUGUAACAGAGUAUAUUUACAGCGUGGUAUUAGUGCUUCUACUUCAGUAAAGUAUCUGAAUACUUCCUCCGCCACUGCUUAAAAGUAUUGUAGCUCCUUAUUCAAACCAAAAACAGGCAGAAGUUAAACAAGGUUUCUGAGGGAUGUUGACGAACUGUAAUGAAAGAGUUCUUAACCUUGAAGUCGAGCUCCCUGAUCGAUCUGGUAGCAAUCGUUGCCUAGCAACAAAGGGUGAGCCGGACAGUGAUGGAUCUCUUUCCUUAUAUGGUCAUGUGUCUGUGAGAUGUGACGUUAGUGGGUCAUCUAGCAAUCAUGUCGCUCCAUCCAAACAUCCAUCAUGUUGUCUGUUGAUGUAACUGGUUAUAAGAAUCACUGAGAGGGAAGGAAUGGUGUGUGUGUGUGUGUGUGUGUGUGUGUGUGUGUGUGUGUGUGUGUGUGUGUGUAAAUAAGUGUGUGAGAGUAUUUCCACAGUGUAAUGUUUUAACUUAUAAUCAUGUGGAAUGUAUGAGGUUCAGUAUGUGUGUUUUGUCUGCGUCAGAGGGAGUAGGGGGUCACUUUUUUUUAAAACUUGAAAAUAGUCUGGAUAAAUGCGUUGACUGAUGCAGUGUUGUGACCUUACCAUGAUCGUUGAACUUAGCACGACCUUUCCAUGGCCUUGACCUUUUGGCCGGAGCCACUGAUUAAAUGUUUGGCGAGGACGUGCUGUUGAAGCAGUGUUGAAGACUCUGAGAUGACAGUUGUGGGAACUUUUAAAAAGCUUGAAGCUCACAAAGUGUAUCCGAGGACUAAAUGCAAACUAAACACAGGCUUUACCAUUAAUGAAAUGAAUCGCCACAAUUUAUUACAGCUAAUUUGCCCCAUUACAGUUUCACGUCAGCAUCCCUCGACGUAUAAUCAACGCAACAACGUCAGACACGUUCCAGCAUUUACCUACACUCAAACUAUGACUCAGAGAGUUAUGUGGCAGAGAGUGGAGCCCGACCUCACUCUGAAGUAGUUGAAAUCUGGCGCUCGGGCAGUGACUUAUGGCGUCAGACACUGGCGAAAGAACCGUCCUUUCACAUUGACAGCACUUGAUGGUGAAAGAGGGAAACACGACAGGACAAGAACGAAAGUUAAGGCAGCAAAAGUCCGACUAGAGUGGUACAAGAGGGGUGGUGGUUGGGUCCAACAAACACUGACUUUCACCGAGGAGAGCGGUGUUCACGUCCCGUAAGAUUCUAAAGCCAAACCCUGUUCUUUUUUUCCUAAACCGAACCAUGUACGUUAGUUGUUGGAGGGGAAAAAAAUGGCAAUUUGCAAUGUCGUACUGACGUAGUGCUUUUAUUUUUUGAAAGAAGACAAUACAUGUAACAGGCAGAACUUGACAUGGUGUCCCAGAAAGUCAACAACCAACACACCCAGGGUACCUUGCACGUCAUAUUUGAACGUGGAAAGUCCAUGACCAAACGUCAAUAUGUGACUUGGUUGGAGUGAGAAUGUGUAGAUGAGUGAGUAGCCAGUAGCCAUGCUGCUUGCUGCAACUCUGGCUUCCCUAGAAUCUAUGUAAUCUGUUACAGAGGCCAGAAAAGGCUCACUUAAGCAUGUGUUAAUGCAGUUUUUCUUUUAUUUCAGUGACAAAAGCUCUCUGAAAACAGUUCCUUAUAGCGACAGUCAUUGCAGAACUCAACUAAAAAUUUGAAACUGUAAAACUUUGAUUAGUAGCCUGGGCUAUUAUUUGCUUAAAUCACUGAAAUCAGCAGGCCCAUAUUUGGGACAGGCCUUUAAUUCCUUUCACACAAAACUGUUGCUCAGCAAAUAUGGGAAAUAGAAUCAAAUUGUUUAUUUAAACCAGUAUGAAUAUUACUUGUAUAAAUAUUAGGCUUCAGAUGAAAUAUAUAUUAUGAGUCGUUUAUUUAAUGUAGCUCUGACAGACAGCACAUCAAGGGAAUUACAGCACUCGAGAAUUACAGGACCCGUCACACCAACACAACGCCACUUAACCCUGUUUAAACACUACUCACAACUGGGAUUAAUUUUUAUGAUAAACCCUUUUGAUUCUAUUGAUCAGAGGACGGAGGAAAAGAAUAUGAAGAACUUAGAAUAUUGAGGAAAACAAAUCUGCACUUUUAUAAUGUGUUUAAAAAUGACCCAUUAGGAAACAAGUCAUUGUGAAGUCGUCUCUGUGAAAACACUGAAUAUUAUGAUAACACUAAGUAUUUACACACCAGUCAUCACAAUCAUGAUUCAUCAGUUCCAAGGUUGAAUCAUCAUUUGCAGCAAAAGUCAAACUCCUUUAAUCAGUGGCUCGGCCUUUGACCUUCUAUGCCUGCUAUGAACCCAGUAGUCUUAAUUCUUUUCUCUUUGCUUUAUACCAAACCAGAAGGAGCCUUUUGUUGAUGCUGUUAGCGACGCAGCCACACCUGGGUCAACCCGCAGCUGAAAUAUUUUGCUUAUAUCGCCUUUGUGUUACUUUUGACUGCUUUUGUAACGUCCUGAAAUGAACCGAAAUCCAUUUAAUCCCCUGAAAGUUUAGAAAUGUUGUUGCAUAAUCGUGACACUGAAAACGCAAUUUCUUGUUCCCAUUCUCUGUGUUUCACUGCAUUCACUUUCCAGAAGAACGACUGCAUGUUCGAGUGACCUUUCCUCUUGUCCGAAUUGUCACUGCUAUUUGGGAAUUUGCUUCUCUCUUUUAUAAAACACUAACUCUAUUAUUAAAGUUAACGUUUGUUCAGGAAGGAGCAAAAGUCUACUGAAAAAUACAGUCAAAUAUACCAGUAAUUCCCUCAAACUGUGACUUCACUGGAACUUGAACGCAGCUUUAAUUCACAGGUGGGUGGAGUUUAGUAAUCAUUCAGAGACAAUCCAUCUGGUGUCACUGACUUGAAGUGACUGAGUGUAUUUCAGAGUGAUCUGACCCGGUGUGGCUGUCGUUAUUAGGCCCUUUGUGUGUGUUUUUAUCAAAUGCAGUGUGUGUCUGUGUGUGCGAUCAUUUCACAUCAUGCCUCAUUUUAAACAGGAACUGAUUUUUUUUUUAUGAAGUGCAGUAGACAACGUAGGAUUUUGAAUCAAACUGGGCUCGUUUUCCUAAAAGGAUUCUCUGAGUCUGAUUUAUGUUUCGUCCAAUCUGCGGAAACAUUUAAAGCUUCAUUUUAAAGACAAUCCAGUUUCUGGAAUGACAGUAAUGAACUCCUGAAAGUGGCCAAAAAAAGCCUUUUGACAUUUGCUACUUAAAACGUGUUAUUUCUUCACAGCUCAUUUGCUCAAACUGUACUGCGAGAUGCUUUUAGGAAAACGAGUCCUGGGUUGAAGUGGAAGGAGAGGUGAGAACUUUUGAGGACAUGCUGUAAACAUGUUUUAAUGCUAACAGUGAUCUGUAAUGUGAUGUGUGUUGAUAUGAAACAUGAAUGUUUGUUGGGAUCGGGGUGCGGGCGUUCGGAGAAAAUCACAACCCUGAUUUGGAUCCAGAAAAGAUGCAUUCAACAGUGAAAAUAAAAACUGAUGCAGUGGCAUCAUGUUA